CCCACCCACCGGAAGCCAAGAUGUCCAGUAAGCGAGCCAAGGCCAAGACCACCAAGAAGCGCCCGCAGCGGGCCACAUCCAAUGUCUUCGCCAUGUUUGACCAGUCCCAGAUCCAGGAGUUUAAGGAGGCCUUCAACAUGAUCGACCAGAACCGAGACGGCUUCAUCGACAAGGAGGAUCUGCACGACAUGCUGGCCUCACUGGGAAAGAACCCCACCGAUGAGUACCUGGAAGGCAUGAUGAGCGAGGCCCCGGGGCCCAUCAACUUCACCAUGUUCCUCACCAUGUUUGGGGAGAAGCUGAAUGGCACGGACCCCGAGGACGUGAUCCGCAACGCUUUCGCCUGCUUCGAUGAGGAGGCUUCAGGUUUCAUCCAUGAGGACCAUCUCCGGGAGCUGCUCACCACCAUGGGCGACCGCUUCACAGAUGAGGAAGUGGACGAGAUGUACCGCGAGGCGCCCAUUGAUAAGAAAGGCAACUUCAACUACGUGGAGUUUACCCGCAUCCUCAAACAUGGAGCCAAAGAGAAAGACGACUAGUGCCCCCUCCCGACCCCCCAUGCCCAAGCCCCUGUCCCAGUCACCUGCUCCCUACACACACUGUCUGCACCAGCUCCCAUGCCCACAGGACCCUCUCAGGGGCUCCUCCUUCUGAAGGGUUAGGGGCCCAGCUCCCAAUAAAGGAAACGGGCCAAGAGGGCACAGUGCCAGGCAGGGGUCACAGCCAAUGUGAGGCAGGUGUGCCCACUGUGACCCUCCAAGAAAGGGAGGGUCUCUCUAGGGAGCUGGGCCACAGGGCUGGGCCUGGAGGCACCAAGGGGAGUCCCCAGCAGAGAGCCCAGGCCGCGGCUGCUGCAUGCCCAGUCCAGGGCUGGCCCCACAGAAAGGGCCCCGUGUCCCGCUCUGGGACACCACUUCACAGCCACCCCUUGCAGGGCAUGAAAGCCCUUUCCCAGCCACUGCCACAAACACACGAACCUCACCACGGUCCUUCUCAGAGGCAGGAUGCCAGAACCCUGCCCUCCGCCCGCCCUCCCCCAGAACACCCCCCACCCCACCGGGUAUGUGCUCCAGAAGAUGCAUGCAGGGUGGCGCUGGUCCCAGGGGAGGCAGAGUCUCUAAUAGAAGGCUGAGCACUGCUUUG